AUGCCAUUCGUUGAAGACAUGCUUCGGUCUGUCCGCUGUGACGUCAAGGGGCCGCCAACGCGCCAGUCGUUCGUGGGUCAGACAAAAUCCAAGCGCACGGCUACAGCGCCCCAAGGUCGCCAUGGCGCCAUUACGGGCGUGGCGUUCUGGCGUUCUGGCGAUCGUCGUCUGGGCAGGGGCCACAAGUCUUGUCUGAUCUCGGAGUGCGGUUACCUUGCCAGACAAAUUGAUCCCGGCCCGAUCAUCCAAUCUUACAAAUUCUCGCCGUAG